CAUAGCCAUGGCUAAGUCUAGAAUCCUUAGUAGGAAGAAGAAUGGCAUUGUAAAGCUCAAGUUUGUAGUAGAGAAGCUACAAAAGAGCUUCUCACUGCCUAGGAAAUCAGCUUUCCAUUUUGAUAAGCUUGAAGAAAUGGGUGACUCAUCGCCGGUGCCGGAAGAUGUGAAGGAAGGUCACUUCGCGGUGAUUGCACACGACCACGGUGAACCCAAGCGGUUCGUCGUGGCAUUAAGUUACUUAACGCAUCCGGCGUUUUUAAGGCUAUUAGAACAAGCGGCGGAGGAGUUUGGUUUCGAUCAAGAGGGUACGCUUACCAUCCCUUGCCGGUCGACAGAGCUGGAGAGAAUACUAACCGGACAUUGGGAGAAGGAAGUUAAUAAUGGCAGUGUCCAUAGGAUGUCCAGUAAAACUAUGGGUUGAAAUCGUCUGCAAUUCCGAUCUCGUACAAUUUCGUGCAAUACAACCUUUAGACGGUGACACGUGUAUU